AUGCCGGAUGGUAAGGAAGGGAAUAAGGCGGGAAACUUGAACUGGUUUCAAACGAACUUUAGGCUAGAAAGAACAGCGAGUACGGGUGACUUGGAGAAACCGGGGGCAGGGGGCAAAAGAAUUAGGGAAAAAGAGGAAGAGAGCAGUCUAAGGAAGGAUGAGGAAGACAAGGAGGUACUCAAGAGAAGUAAGCUGCAGAUUAGGGAUCAAGAGAAGAAGGACAAUCUGAAUCAGGCCGAAAUGGAUGCGCUGAUGAAAAAGUUAGGGGAGUUAGAUAAAAGGAUCGUGCAGGAGUGCAAGAAGGUUAGUGAUGAAGUUGGGCAAUUGAGCGAGGAAGCUAGAAAAGAAAGAGAGGAAUUUAUGAAGAAAUGGGAGGAAGAAAAGUUGGAGAUGAGCGGUAGGAUUGAGAAGCUAGAGAAAAGGUUGGAAAUUUUGGAGCAGGAUAACAGGGGAAACCCCUUUGGGGAAAAAGUGGAGAUUGAUAGUGUGUUGGAUAAAGAAACUGAAAGAAGACUAAAUAAGCUGGAAGCAGGGGCGGAAAGAAAGGAGAGAGAAGCAAGAAGAAGGAAUGUAAUUAUAAAAGGGAUUAAUAUGAAUGAAGGAACAGACUGGAAAAGGGAGGUAGACAGGGUGUGGGCUAAAUUGGACGUAGUUGGGGGUAGAAAAAGUACAAGAAGGAUUGAUAGAGUGGAUAAAGAAGGGAAAGGGAUGGUCUUAGUGGAAAUGGAAGGGUUUGAAAAGAAAAGAGAGGUUAUGUUGGCAAAGAACAAGCUAAAGAGGGAGAUAAUUAGGUUGGAAGAUGACCUGACCUUUGAGGAGAGAAGGAUUAGAAGGAUUAUUAUUGAGGAGGCUAUAAAGGAAAGGGCAACCGGCAAGUCGGUGAAAGUAGGUUACAUGAAAAUAUGGGUGAAUGGAAAGCUGAGAAUUUGGGAUGAAGCCGAAGGAAGGUGGAAACUGCAGGAGGGAAACGAAUGA